CAAAUGGGUGGAGGUGGUGGAGAAGAAGAAAGCUAGUAGCCAUUGGAGCGGAUACCAGAAGGGGCAACCAGAGAUGGCACCCCAUCAUUGGGGUCAGCCCAAAGCCCCACCUCGCAAGGAGGAGCCCUCCACCCAGCCUGGGAGACCCCAGAUGCCCUCUCAUCUCACCACCGACCGCACCAACCACCCACCUUGCCUCAGCCCAGUCACCUGGACGAUGCUUUAAAUGUAAUGAGCUGGGGCAUGUGAAUGCCAACUGCCCCAAGAGCACCAGCCGACUGCAGCUCAUCACCCUGGAGAGCCUUCAGGCCCAGAUGCCUCGCAAAUAACCCCAAAGCAAAAAGAAACUCUGAGUGUGGGCAGGAGGAAGAUUACUGCAUGAAGAGACACUGGAGCACAGGUGUCAGCUAUUCACCAAUCCCUGGUGGACUCCAAAUUCAUCGACCCAGAGGCCCAAGUGAUGGUACAACCCUUUAAGGCCAACUCUUUUAACUUGCCUUCAGCCAGGGUUGGCUGUCCAAUACAAGGGCUGGCAGGAAUGUGGACUUUUGCAGUCUAUGAUGAUUAUCCCAUUCCAUGCUGCUGGGAGAAGACUUAGCCAACCAUGUGAGGCUAACAAAAAGGGUGGGGAUGGUCACCUAUAGCCAGGCUAAACAGGCCUCCACAUUUAACUCCAUUCCUGAGCCUCCUACAGGGACCCAGCCAGAGGUUGUGGAAUCAGACUCCAGACCAGAGUCUAUGGCAGCAGUUGUAGAUCCAGUUCCUGGAGCACAGCAAGAACUAGCCCAAGGAUCGAAACUCAUGGAGCAGUCAGCACCAAAGCCCAUGCUUACAACCCCACCAGAGUCAGGGGAGCCAGCACCAAAGGGAGCCACAGAGUCUGCACCUGCUGCAGCAGCUAAACCAGCACAAGAGGCUCAACCGGAGCAUAAAAUACCACCUAGUACACCACCAGAGAGCGGUUCACAGUCAACAGAAGCAACCCCAUCACCUGCAUCGCUUCCGGUGGGACCAUGCCCAAGUCCACAACUCAGCAAAGAACUAAUGUCUCCAGCAUCAAGGGAGCAGUUCCAGGAAGAGCAGGAAGCAGAUGAGAGACUCAAGGGAGCUUGGAUGGCAGCACGGAGCAAUCCACCGCCUUUCAGCUCUUCUAACAGAAAUGAAGGUUCUCCAGUUUACAGCCCAGGAGAGAGAUGACGCUGAGUGGCCUGAAGAAAUCUAAAGAAAAAAGCAACGGUGGCUUUUCAAAGGUGAGACUUUCCAUAAUCCUUGGUCAUAAGCAGUGACAGCAAAUCCAGGAGCUGUGCACCAGCUUCGCACCAAUGUUUUCAGCCACCCCAGGAUGGAUAGAACAGUUGUACCACUCCAUUGACAAAGGUGAUGCUCGCCCUAUUAAAGCCCAACCCUACCGGAUGGCUCCUCAAGCCAAAACCAAAAUUAAAAGGAAAAUCAAGGACAUGUUACGGAUACAGGUAAUCCACCCAUCUGAAAGUGCAUGGGCCUCUCCAGUAGUUCUGGUUCCCAAACCAGAUGGGGAAAUCCGCUUUUGUAUAGACUACUGUAAGCUAAAUGCUGUAACUUGUCAAAAAAACUAUCCAAUGCCAUGCAGAGAUGAGCUAUUGGAGAAACUGGGAUGUGCCCGGUUCAUCUCCACCUUAGACUAAACUAAGGGGUAUUGGCAAGUGCCACUAGAUGACCCAGCCAAGGAAAGGUCAGCCUUCAUCACCCAUGUAGUGUUGUAUGAAUUUAAUGUACUCCCUUUCAGACUGCAAAAUGCACCCGCCACCUUCCAGAGACUAGUAAAUAACCUUCUGGCUGGAUUUGGGGAAUUUGCAGUUGCCUACCUUAACGAUGUGUCUAUAUUCUCAGAUUCAUGGGCAAAACAUCUGAAGCACCCCCAAGCUGUCUUCCAGCGCAUAAGGGAGACAGGAUUAACCGUUAAGGCCAAAAAGUGUCAAAUAGGUCUAAACAGGAUAAUGUACCUUGGACACCGGUGGAUCAAGGUAAUAUCAACCCCCUACAGGCUAAGGUAAAUGUUAUCCAAAAUUGGCCUGUCCUUAAGUUAAAAACAAAGGUCCAAUCCUUCUUGAGCUUGGCCGGGUAUUACAGAUGAUUUGUACCACAUUACAGCCAAAUUGCCACCCCACUGACAGACCUAACCAGAAAAAAACAGCCAAAUGCCAUUCAGUGAACUGAGAAGUGUCAGACAGGCUUUAACCAGCUUAAGGUGGCCUUUACGUCUAACCCUGUACUGAGGUCCCCGGACUUCAACCGACCGUUUGUUGUAACCAUAGAUGCGUCCGAGCAUGGUGUAAGAGCAGUUUUAAUGCAGGAAGGACCAGAUCAACAAUUCCAUCCUGUAGUGUUUCUCAGAAAAAGGUUUCUGAAAGGGAAAGCCACUGGUCAGUCUUAGAAAAAAAAUGUUACGCCAUUGUCUAUGCUCUGGAGAAGCUAAUCCCAUACAUUUGGGGGUGGCUUUUUCACCUGCAGACUGACCAUGUUGCACUGAAGUGGCUUCACACAGUCAAAAAGACUAACAAAAAACUUCUUUGAUGAAGUUUAGCUCUUCAAAACUUUGAUUAUGAAAUACAACAUAUUUCAGAAGCCUCUAGCAAAGUGGCUAAUGCACUCUCCUGGGAAGGUUUCCCAAAAUCAGUCAGGUGAAAAUGUCCUUGCAUUCUAAGUCAUUGUAGUCCUUAAAAUGUAAAAUGUACUGUUUAGUUCAGGGGUCUCAAACACGCAGCCCUUGCGCUGCAUGCGACCUGCAGGGUUAUUUCCUGAGGCCCCGCAAGCUUCCCGCGCCCCCUCCUGCCCCCCGGAGUUAUUUCCUGUGGGCCACCAAGCUCCACUCUCCCCAGCUCCCCUUCCCUGCAGCACGCCGUGUCCCCAAUCCUCUGCCUAUCUCCAGGUGCUUCCUUUAGGCACUUAGCGCUUUCCAGGCGGGAGCGGGGAGGAGUGGGGAGCCAUGUGCUCAGGAGGA